AUGACAACAUCCCCGUGUCCCCUCCUGGCUCAGGCUGUCAGGCAGCGCUCUGUCCAUGGCCUCUCCCAGAUAACCAGCAGUCUAUACAUCAGCAAUGGGGUGGCAGCCAACAAUGAACUCAUGCUGUCUACCAACCACAUCACGACAGUCAUCAACGUGUCGGCAGAGGUGGCCAACACGUUCUUCAAAGACAUCCAGUGCGUACACGUGCCGGUGGUAGAUGCUCCCACCUCGCACCUCUACGACUUUUUUGACCCUAUGGCGGAUCACAUCCACAGCGUGGACAUGAAGCAGCGCCGAACGCUGCUGCACUGCGCCGCCGGGGUGAGCCGCUCUGCCGCUCUCUGCCUCGCGUGCCUCAUGAAGUACCACUCCAUGUCGCUGCUGGACGCCUACACGUGGGCCAAGUCACGCCGCCCCAUCAUCCGGCCCAACAUCGGCUUUUGGGAACAGCUUAUCCAUUAUGAAUUCAAGCUGUUUAGUAAGAACACCGCUCACAUGAUCAGUUCUGCGGUGGGUAUGAUUCCGGACAUCUACGAGAAAGAGGUCUGUCUGAUGAUGCCGAUGUGA